AUGUCCUACACCACUGCUGCACGCACCAUCACCAUCACCACCAGCAUCAGCACUAUGCGUAUCCUGCGCUUAAGCGUCCCGCGCGGAAUGGCGUGCGAGAAACGGGCGUGCUAUGUGCUUUCUCGUCCGUCUCGGCUUCCAUCUCGAUUUCUCUCUCCAUCGCGCUUUCAAAUACAACACUACAAUGCGAGACCGAUGCAUGCACACUAUUUAUCUACCGCGGAACUGGGGAAGCGGGAUUUGCAUGGCGAGGGAAAUGGAAGUGGUGGGAUAGCUGGAAAUGGCGGGAUAGCUGGACAUGGAGAGGGAGAGGAAAAAAGCAGGUAUUGGGACCGUGAGCUUCUCAUGCUUACUUUUUCGCCCGUGGAUCCGGGUAGCACGGUGCUGGUUGAAUUGCCUCGUGGUGAGGGGGAGACGGGGGCGGUUGAGUCUGAGUGCAAGUCUGAGGCUGAGGCUGGUGCGGAUGAGGAUGAAGAUGAGAAUGAGAAUGAGGAUGUAAAAGGGAAGGAGAAAGUGACGGUGGAAGACUCAGAUUGGGUGUUUCCACAGUGGAGGCGUGGAGCGCGCAUGUGGUUUUCAUAUAUGGUUUUUUAA